GCCCGAUGUAAAUCAUCGUCAAUUUUCAUUCGUGGAGUUUCCAAACAUCUUCCAUACAAUGCCUUUAUGCAAUGAUCAGCUCUUUCCCUCAGUCAUCACGGCCAAUGAACGUAGCCCUUGGGCGUUUACAAGAGAGCCGGGUUCCGAAGCCACAGAACGCCGGUACGGCUUGGCCCGCUUGACGUGCCACCUAACUUCAACGGUCAAAGCCGAUGACAUCGAAGCUAGGUAGCUACGAGCUCCUCGAAGACGUCGAGAUUGGAGAUGACGGGUGUCGGCCGUCGACGGGCGGCUGCAUGUAUAUAUUAACAGCAUCUCUCCAAGCUAUAACGGCUUCUUUUUGCUCCUCACUCCUCGCAAUAUCAUCACAAUCGCUACUCGCCUCUUAAUACAUCCAAUCUUAAUCAUCCCACCUUCGCUAUCAACGCACCCUCACAACCAUCACCAUGCAGUUCACCACUCUUGCCCUCAGCGCCCUCUCGGCCGCCACCGGCGUCUUCGGCGCCCCCACCUCCCAGGAGGCCGGCACCGCCAGCCCGGACCAGGUCAUCUUUGGCGUCAUGUCGAUCCGGUCCGCCAGCCCCGUGCACCUGACCGCCUGGGGCGCCGAGCACAAGGGCAUCUUCACCAACCUGUCCAAGCAGGACGCCGACUGCUACAACAGCCCGGCCCAGAACAGCGCCACCUUUGUGCUCAACAAGGUCGACGGCACGCUGUCCCUCUACACUGAGGGCAAGCCGUGGCAGCAGCUCUUCGUCGACCGCUCCGGCAUGGGCCAGGGCAUGAUGCAGUACACGACGGGCGCCGAGCCGGCCCCGCACAACGCCGAGCGCGGCGGCUGGGCCAUCGACGAGGCCUCGCAGCACCUCACCUUCGCCGGCAGCGACGCCUUCCUCGCCUGCCCCAGCGGCGCCGACUCCUCGUACCGCAUCCUGCCCUACGUCGGCAUCGAGAACCCCGCCGGCUACACCGGCUGCCUCAGCAUCGCCGCCCGCGUCGUCGUUGCCGAGAACCCCGUCAAGUGCCUGUACUCGCAGGCCUAGACGCGGACGCCUCCUCCAGACGACAGACCACCUACGACUACGACAUGCUAUAAUGGGAGGAGAGUGGGAUUAGCGCAAUCAUGAUUGUAACGGGGCGACUUGGCCUUGGAUAUAUAGGGUAUAGACGAGUAUUUUUUACCCACAAAUAGAUGUGCAAUGGCAAUCCAAACAAAUCUCUAGACUUGUGAUUCUCCUUGUGUCUGUGGUCCAUCUUCAUCCCGUUUGGCGUGUUGCUGUUACCCCGAGGCGUCACCCCCUUUCUCACUUCAAGGCCGUAACGUCAGCGACCAACUAAUGAGCUUUUGUUAGUGUUAAGGGAGUGCCAUUUUGGAAUCAUCACCCACCAGCCAGAAGAAAAAACCAACCCACAUGGGGAGGAAGGGGGUAAAAAAGAAAGAAAGUGGAGCGAGCUCACUACCCUGGAACCCAGAUAUCCUCGGGGUACGCGAGAUCGAAGCACCUAUUUGGCACAUCGCUGAUAGAUAGACAUGUCAGCCGGACACUGCACCUUCACACGCUUUCCCCCUCCCUCGCCCGUAGUCUAAGCACAAGACACACAGGGUUAUCAGGUCAUGUCUGGCACAGGAGGUCUAGUUAUUUGAACUUGGACAAUACUCGUUAUUAUUCAGCUUUUUCAAGACAUAGUAAUACCUGUUUAUGUGCCCAGCUUGGCUCACGCUUCCCUUCGCUAUGCUCUUCACUUUUGUACGCAUAGUUUUAGCUCUUCAUUUCCACCCGGGCACGCUGAGGGUUCAACAUACGGAUGCUAAGCCCAACCUAACAAGUGGUUUUUUUUUCUUGUACUGAUUAGUAACGCAUGGUCGACGUUUCUCCAGUUCCUGAUAUUCGUGCUUGCAAUACCG